AUGCCAUCGGCAAAUACAUCGAGUGUAUAUGGACGAUUUGGUGAUUAUGAGCAAGGAAGAAAGCAUGAUGCUGGUAAACAUCCAAAAGACUUUCAACACGCUGCGCAGUGUAAGCAUCAAACUGAAUCCAGCAAAAUGCUCAUUUGGCAUGGAAGAAGGGAAAUUCUUGGGCUUCAUUGUCACAAAAGAUGGCUUCAAAGUAAAUCCAGAAAAAGUUCAAGCAAUCGAAAGAAUGCCUUCCCCAUCAAACAUCAAAGAGAUGCAAAAAUUAGCAGGACGGUGGACUCCGGAAAGUCCUUUCCAUUCAUCAAAACAUUGCGCAACUGCAUGAAGAAAAGCCAGUUUCAGUGGACUCCGGAAGCAGAGAGCGCGUUCCACGAGAUGAAAGAUUGCCUCAUCAAACUGCCGACACUAACCGCACCAAUCAAAGGAGAACCCUUGGUACUAUAUCUAUCAGCUUCUGAUAAGGCAGUUGGAGCAGUGUUACUCGUUGAUCGUCAAGGUAUCCAAACACCAGUCUACUAUGUGUCACGAACCUUAACCGACCCAGAAACUCGGUACGCCAUCAUGGAGAAACUAGUCCUCGCGCUGAUCCAUGCAUCAAGACGGCUGCGAAGGUAUUUCGCCAACCAUGUAAUACAUGUGCUAACAAAUUACAACAUCGGCAACAUCCUCGCAAGACCAGAAAUCUCAGGCAGGCUAGCUAAAUGGGCAAUAGAACUGGGCGGCCACAACGUGGUUUUUAGACCAAGACCAGCCAUCAAGGGCCAAGUGUUAGCAGAUUUCCUGACAGAGGUACCUGACGAUAAGGAUCGGGAAUGUAAAGCAAUGGAAAAGGCCGAAAGACAACAAACAGAGGAACCAUGGCUGCUAUACACAGAUGGCGCGUCUAACGAAGACGGCGCAGGCGCAGGGCUUCGACUAGUGAGCCCCGACAAACGUGAGUUUACGUACGCCAUACGUCUGGAUUUCAAGAGCACGAACAAUGAAGCAGAGUUUCAAGCUUUUCUUGCUGGCUUAAGAUUGGCAAUCAAAAUGGGAGCCAAACACAUCGAAGCGCAUGUAGAUUCCAUGUUAGUGGCUGGACAAAUCAACGGCCAAUACGAAGCCAAAGGAGAUGUAAUGGCACUCUAUCUAAGUCAAGCAAAGACGUUGCUACAAACCUUCUAUUCCUACAAGGUGCAUCGCAUAAACAGAAGCGAGAACAAACCAGCAGACGCGCUGAGUAAACUCGCAUCUACAAGCUUCCAACACCUGGCGAAGGAUGUGCGCAUAGAAGUUCUGAGCAACCCAUCUGUUCCACUCAGGGAAGUAUGCGUCAUCCAGACAGGGACAACGUCUUGGAUGACUCCAAUAAUCAUGUACCUUCAAUCAGGGAUACUCCCCGAGAACAAAGCCGAAGCGAGGAAAAUCCAAUACAAGGCUGAGCAUUAUCAGAUGGCCGAUGGAAUUUUAUACAGAAAGUCAUACCUUGGCCCAUUGUUGAGACGCGUCAACGCCGAAGACGCAAACUAUUUGAUCAGAGAGGUCCAUGAAGGAAUCUGUGGUAUACAUGCCGGACCAAGAAUGGUGGUGGCAAAAGUGAUGAACGCCGGGUACUACUGGCCCGGAAUGCAUUUAGACGCGGUAAAAGAGUUGAGGAAAUGCAGUGGAUGCCAAAGACAUGCGCCCAAGACGAUGCGCCCCAAAAAUGAAUUGGUACCAGUCACAACCGCAUGGCCCUUCCAGCAAUGGGGCAUAGACAUGGUCGGCCCUUUUCCAGAAGCCCCAGGAGAGGUCAAAUUCAUAAUAGUCGCGGUCGACUAUUUUACCAAGUGGGUAGAGGCGAAGGCACUUGCAUCAACCACGUCAAACGUCGUCAAGAGAUUCAUAUGGGAACAAAUCAUAUGCCGUUUUGGCCUGCCGCUCAGAAUCAUCACUGACAAUGGAACGAACUUCGCCGCAGACGACCUUGAACGAUGGUUCAAAGAAUUGCACAUCGAACACACCUUCUCUUCGGUUGCGCACUGA